UGCAAGUAGGGAGGAACGAUCAUAGCCGUCGCCGUCGCGCUCCUCGUACGCGUCUCGGGAGAGGCCACGUGUUUCUCGGCUAGCGAAAUUGUUGAUCGCGCCACGCCGUACCUCGCCGCGAGAUAACGUGUCGAUACCGGCCUUCGGAGCCCCUCCCCGUCCCCCUCAACUAAUCCCUUAAUCUGCAUGUCGAGGUUAUGAGAGUACCCGUUUAACGAACGGCUACGUAGCCGAUUUCCCGUUUCGGAGCGUCGAAAACGCGCCAUCCUCUCGUUUUCUGCGAUCAACCGGUUUGUCCGAUGAAUCCUCGUGGCCUCCAAUCGAUUCCCGAGACGGGCAUUGGUUCGAGGAGCCGAGGAAACGCGAUCACGACCCUCUUUGUUCUCUGGCUUCUAGGUUAUGGUCGUGGGCUUUAACUGCUCCGUAACGCCGUCAAGAUACUCCGUUCUCUUUAAUCAUCGAUCAGAUCCGCCGAUCGAAUUUACCUUCUCCGAAUUUAUUUUUUCUGCUUCUUGUGAAUCAGGAAAGAAUCCUGCUCCGGCUCCCGCGAAGAUUAGGGUAGUUUUUGCGUACCGCGGACUUUCUCUGACAAGUGUCUGUGAAGUUUAUGCCUCUCCUAAUUAUACAUGAUGUUCAUGGGAUCAUUUUGAAUAUAUUUUUGAAUAUAAUAAUGCAAUAAUGGUCGUACCGCACAAAUACUAGCAGUCUUCUACAGACAUGAUAUUGAUGGAUUGGUCUAAUUCAGUGUACUAACGACAAUCCAAUCUUGAUCUUUAUUAAUUGAGGAAAGAUCGUAUUGCCAGCACCUAAAUUUUAAAUAAUAUGGCACAAUAUUUUAAUGUUAAUGUUGUGAGCAAUGCCAGUGGCACUUUCACAUUAGAAGAUGUCUCACCACGAAUAUGCGCUGCAGACGGGCAACGAACUAUUCAGUUUGUUGUUGGGGACGUUAAUAAUAGCAGUAAUGGUUCACAACGGCUUGUGACUUAUACUGCUACACCACAAAACAGGCAGGCACUAUUCUCCCCACAAACUAUUAAUCAAAUAUCUGCAGCGCGAUUGGAACAAGGGCAAAAUGUUUUUAUAAUCAAAACGAAUGAUAUAUCUGGAACCUCGGAGAUAUUAAAAACAAAUACUGUGAAUGCACAUAUUGUUAAUGAGAAUAUUGUGAGCAUUGCAAGUAAUACAGGUAUCAAGACGGAAUGUAAAAAUGAAGGGCAACAGAUACAGUUUAUGAAAAUACAAAAUCCUAAUACUACCAUAGUAACGAAGCAAAAUACAUUGUUACAAGAAAAAAAUCAGACUGCCAUUUUAACUAGAAAUAAUUUACAAAAUAAUAUUGCAUCACCAUCGCCACUCCAUAUAAAUUCUGGAUCAUUCAAUCCAGGUCAAAUGGAAAAAAAAAUAUUUAAAUCUUGUCUCAGUAAACCUCGACAGUUAAACAAUGUACUUGGUGUAGCGUCUCAAACUUCUGAUGGCAUAAAUGUGGUAACUACAAUGGAAAACCGAAUUCAAAAUUCUAAUGCAACAGGUCCCAAAUCGACAUUGCCUAUUAGUAAAAAUUCUAUCAGUUCACAAAGACAAAAUGUGACUGUAAGACCUGUUUGUAUUCCUAAUUCAACUAUGCAUGUGAGACCUGUAGCGAUAGUUCCUCCUGAAAUUUCUAAAACACCAACAAGAGUGCAACCACCAGAUAUGGAGCAUUUAAAUGAGCAAAUUAAGCAAGCCAAGAUUAAACAAUUACAAAAACAGCAUAUCGAAAAACAAAGGUUACAACAAAAUAACACACAACGACAACUUGUUAAUACUUUGCAACAGAUUCCAUCAAUGAAUAAUCCUGCACGCAGUAUCAUCAAUUCUGUACAACAAAGAUCGCAGCAGAUUUCAAUCUCUCCGCAACAAAUACAAAAAUCCAUAGCAACAUCAGCUGAACAUAAUACACAUGUUACUAGUAUUGAAGCCAAUUCUUCGGAACGUGCUCAGGAAAAAAUGUUUGUUAUGCAUCAAUCUUCGCCACAAUUAGAACAUAACAACCGUUCAAGUGAAAGCGUCGCUUUCCUCCAAAAGACUAUUCAUGACCCAUCGAAUGCCAUAGUUCAACAUCAAAUUUCAGGAAGUACAGCAAAAAUGUUAGUGAUGUUAGCCAGUGGAGAACAGAGACUAAUUACGUUUGACAUACCGAAUGAGGAUUGCACGGUACACGACCUAUUGGAUCAGGUACGUGCAGCCUUUGUGCAGGACAAGGUGGAUAUUCCAUUUUCUGGUGAAACUCAAGUCUCCUUGGUAGAUGAUCCUGCAUUGGGUAUAAACUACAUAGUGGAUGCAGGGGGUUCUGGACUUUCAACAUCCUUUGAUGGUAGUGAUGGCGAUUGUAACACUUCUCAGGAAAUUGUGAGCACUACAAGCACUGAAAUUUUAUCUCAAAAUACCAAUGCAUCAGAUGAAAACAGUAAUACUUCUCAAACUCCUGAGGAACCUAUUUUGGUCAAAGGAAUGCUUGCUAUCUGUCCACACUGCGGCUACAGUUCAUUACACUUCAACCGAUGUGAACGAUGUAAUACAAAAUUAAACAUUGAGGAAGUGAAGUCAAUACCCAUAGCUGAAAGGAAGGAGACUAGGAUGACUGUUGACAUUCUCUAUAAGAAGAAUAACAACGAAAGAAAUACUACGAAAUUGGACAAGACAGAACGAGAUGGUCCUUCCUGUAAGCGGCUCAGAGGAAAGGGUAAGGGUACACCUUCGAAACCAAAGCCUAUUCACAAAGAGCCAGAAUGUUUAACAAUAUCUUCUGACGAAGAGGAAGAAAGCAGAAAUAAAAAAAUAACAAACAUUAAUAGUAACGUAAUGGUGGGCAACACAAGUGAUGCUUUUAAUGAAGAUGUGGACACCAUUCUGGAUAAAGAACCAAUUAUUACGAACAAUUCUGUUUAUAGUUUAUACGAAGAGUUACCGAUGGAUAAUGAAGAAAAUAGUAAAGGAAUAUGUGAAAAUAAAAAUUUUUUAGAUAUUGGGCAACUACCACAAACUGCUAUAGAAUGUCGAACGGUCAGAAUAGGUUCUUAUAAAUAUAUUCCUCGAGAAAGUGUAGUGAUUUCCUAUAGUGGUGUAAGAUUAAAUGUACCUUUGUUAGAAGAUGAAACAAGUUUUGUUACUGUGGAUGUGAAAUACAAAGAUAUAGUUAAGCUUCUAAUUCAUUUUGGAAAAACAAUGCCAGUACUGUUCUUUUAUACAUCUCCAAAUAUGGGAACUAGGAUACGUGAAUUAUUAGGCAUGCAAGAUCCAAAAGGGCCAUAUUACGACCCUGCUGGAAGAGAUCACACGCAUAAACGUAUUACAUUAUUGCCAGACAAGUUACCGGAUGAUUCUAAGGUGAUACUGACAAAUUUAUUUUCACGGGGAGAUAAAAUAGAUGAAUUGACUCCUAAAGAAGCAAAUGACAUACUUAUACGAGCAUCGCCAAGAGAUUGUCUACAAUCGGUCAAUACUACACGAAAGUCAAGUCAACAAAAUGUAACAAAUACUACCCCUGUCAAUGAUGAUAAGAUAACUGUUUACCCAACACCUCCUGAAAAAGGAGGAAUAACCAUCAACACUGAAGAUUACUUGUGUCUCGCUGAAGAUCAAUUCUUGAAUGAUGUGAUUAUAGAUUUUUAUUUAAAGUAUUUAACCUUAGAGGUAUUAUCAGAAUCUGAUCAACGUAGAACUCAUGUGUUUAGUUCGUAUUUUUACAAACGUUUAACUAGCCCACAUGCCCAAGCUGCUGAAAGCAAUGCCGUGCCAAUGACACCUGCCGCCAAGCGGCAUGCAAGAGUACAGAAAUGGACGAAAAAUGUUAAUAUAUUCGACAAAGACUUCAUUAUAAUUCCUAUAAAUGAACACGCACAUUGGUUUUUGGCUAUUAUCUGUUUCCCUGGAUUAGUUGGAAAAGUCUCCACCUGUGUUGCGAAAACUAAUGAAAAUAAUGUUCAUAAGACUGCGCAAAAGAGUAAAAAAAUAAAAGAGAUAAAAGCAAAAGCUGUCACAAUUGGUUCUACAACAAUCACUCCUGUACCAACAACUAUAACGAUAGAUCAACUGGACGAUGGAUCUGAAAGGGACGAAGCAGAAGGCGACGAUGAUGAAAUGGAAAUGGAUAGUGACGAAGAGGACGAGACUGAAGAAUCGGAAGAAAGUAAAAUCCAAACUAAUGUUAAACUCGAACAGCAAAAGGAAAACGUCAAGCUUCCCUGUAUAUUAAUAUUUGAUUCACUUGCUGGCGCUAGCAGAUCACGAGUAGUUGCUACUUUAAGAGAUUAUUUAAGUUGCGAACAUGUUGCCAAACUUGGUGUAGAAAAGACAUUUUCGAAGGAUACUAUUAAGGGAGCGUGUCCGAAAGUACCCCAGCAAUCAAAUUUUACUGAUUGCGGUUUGUAUGUAUUGCAGUAUGUGGAAAGUUUUUUCAAGAAUCCUAUCAAAGAUUAUACUUUACCAAUUAAAACUUUGAAAACAUGGUUUGAAGAAAUUGUCGUAACAAGAAAAAGAGAGGAGUUAUCAAACUUACUCAUUAAAUUGAUGAAUAACACCAAAGGGGAUAGAACUAUUAAUUUGCCUACUGUAAAUUUUCCCACGCAAGAUGGCAAGUUGAAACCGAAAGUCGAAAGUCAGACGGACGGAAAAACUACGAAGUCUGAAUCUGAAAAUAAUAAAAGAAAAUCUACAAGUGACACGAAUACAGAGACACGAAUUGUUUCGAUUGUGACAGAAAAUACAGAGUCACCUAAUGAGUUUGUUGGUAGAACUUACCAGAUCAUUCCUUAUUCUGUGAGUUCUAAUUCAACUGAGAGUAAUCCAACCGAAAUGUUGACGGAACAAAAAAAUACAAGGUCAUCGACCGAGACGAUGUCUUAUUUGAAGGCUAAACGAAUUCCUAGGUUAGUGUCAAAGACACAGAAUCAAGAUGACUCUCAUAGCACUGCUAAGAAGCACAAAGGGGAGUCCUCCAAUUCCUGUAAAUAAAUGUUUCUUUUUUACAGCGAUAAGAUUAAUGUUAAUCCACACAUUCUCACACAGAAUACAUGAAAUCAUUUAUUUCAACGUAUAUAAAAUAAUGUAGUUAAUAAAACGAUUAAAACUGCAGAUAUGAUUUCUGA